UGAGUUAAAAUUUUUAAAAAGUGAUUUGGAGUGAAUAGAAAAGAAAGUAGUGAAAGACAAAAAGUAUUAAGGUAUUUGACACAAAAGAAAAAAAAUCCAUAAUUAAUUUGGUACACCAAUAUCCAAUAUUCCUUUCUUCUAUAGGCACAAGGCCUGAAAUUUUGGGGAGGUGGGUAAGUUGAUUACAUUGACCCCAGUGUUCAAUUGGUACUUAUUUUAUCAACCCCAGAAAGAAUGAAAGGCAAAGUUGACCUUGGCAGAAUUUGAACUCAGAAUGUAAAAACAGAUAAAAUACCGCUAAGCAUUUCGCCUGGUAUGUUAACAAUUCUGUCAGCUCAUCACCUUACACCAAUAUUCAAUAUUGCCAACAUUUUUCGAAAAGUUUCCAAUAUUUUAUCAUUAAAUUUGGAUUUUUUUUUAUUUAUUUAUUUAUUUUUUUAUAGAAACAGCCAAUAAAAUUUUGGCAGCUCAGGUAUUCAAAUGUUAAAUUUCUGCCAGCUCACCACUGAGUACACACAUAAGGUUGCUUAUAGAUAAUGUGGGAAAGCCCUUUGGCUUGGCUCUUCAUUACAUGUAAACGAUGUGAUGACCAUUAGAUUCAUAUAUUGAUAUAAGAUCCAUGGUUAUGAACAUGUAUAAUACGGUAUUCAGAUUCAAAUAAUGAUAUAUAUUCUACUUUUCCUCUGUGGGAAUAUUCCAUAUAUAGUUAUUCUUGUUUUAUUCACAUGAUUUUUAGUCUAUCAUGUGUCAAGAAAGAGCUUCAAGGAUUCAUAUAUUCAAUAUGGAUUCAUAUCCUCCUAAAACAAGUGUGAAGGCUUGAGUGUGUUACCUGUGGAAAAGCUUUGCCAAAUGAUUCUAUAAAGCCAACAAAGUUAAAGCAGCAAUUAUUGUAUAUUCAUUCUAUACAUGACAAAACCUGUUUUGAAUGUCAUGGAAAUGAUCUCUGAAUCUUGGUUCAACAGAGGCAUUCCAAGAAUAUGUCACAGCAUUGGAGAUAUCCAAAGAGAGAAAAGAAUUAUGCAUACAAUUUGGGAAACCUUGAUCAAACCAAAUGAUCUCAAAAUGGUGGAAAUUGUAUUUGGAAACAGAUUGGAGAAAAUGCUUGCAGCAGUUUCAUUAUCAAAUGGUAUUGUUUAAAGAUCAGUGUCAGCAAUGACAUUGAGGAUCAAGUUGAGCAAGGGAUCAAGUUACUGGCAUUUACAAGAUAGGUUCACUCAGCCUUACUUAGAUAAAAGUUUCUUUUUUGUUUUACUCCUGAAACAAUUGCCGAGUUUUCAGAUAUUUUGGAAAAGAUUUCAUUUUUCAUAGACACAGAACUUUUUUGUGAGAUAAUGUCUGUGGGUGGUGUACUGGCGAUGAACCAACUAUUGGGAAUAAAAUCUGGAUUUCAAGUACGAAAAAGCAAGCCCCUAAGUAUUCAUCUGUAGGCAAGAAGUCAAAAUCAGAUGGAAUUGUAAAGGAAAACUAGUGAUGAAAACAGGAAUGGUUAUAGACUCACUAUAGUUUGAUAUUGUGAAAAUGCAGGAUUGAAUAUUAAAAGUUCUCAUUUGGAACUAUUCACUUGAAGAGUCUCGUAAAAGCUAGACACCAACUUUGCAAUAUCAUCAUUAUCCAAUGCAAAUCAUGCAGGACGAUAUCACUUUGGUGAACUCCUGAGAGAGGACAUAUACAUUGAUCAUUGAAAUAAAGAUAUGAAGGCUCUUGAUGUACCUACUGAGUAAAAAGAUAGAGUUCUGGGGCCCUCACUGUCAAUGAAUCACAGAUGAUAUCAUGCCUGAUUGAAUCAAAACUGGUUCCAGGUUGAGUUUGAAAACCACCUCAGGAACAUUGGAUUAAACACAAAUAUUUUAGUAGUGUGAAUGGCUAUUUUACGCCUAGUUUAGAACUUAAUUUAGAAUAGGUGCAAAUUACUAAAAGAGAUAUCAGGAGAUCAAUAACAAGUUUGCCUUCAAUAUGAGGCAUCACAAGGCACCCCAAACUAUUGAUGAAAUGGGUUAUCCCCCACCCCAACUUCACAAAAAAUAGAUGUAUACAAAGGAAGAUCUGCUUGGAUAGAAGCAUGAUUACAAACUUUAGGGGACAUUCCAGAAGUUUGAUGUUAGUAUCAUGAUACUAUCUUUAAGAUUUGGAGGGGUGCAGACACUAGUUUUGAGGCCAGAACCUACAGGGAAGGGUGUGAUUGCAUAACCUUGAGUGAAUGAUGAUCUUGCAUAACGUUGAACUUUAGGUUAGCAUUAAAUAUCAUCCAAUGGGGACGACAGAAGUUUUAUUUUUCAAUUGUUCAAGGAAUUCCACUUUACACUGAAUGAAAAAAGACAAACUAAAACCCUCAAAAUAAUAUUUGCUGAAUUUGGUAUUGGUAGCUUUCUUGAGGUUUGGAUGCUCACUGACAUUUGAAGCUGAUAUGUUUCUAUUGGACCAAAAACUCAAAAUAAGAAGGGAACAAGGUUUCAAACAAUUUAAAUUAUCAUUUCAGCAAAGAAGUGAGUGAACCACUCUUCUCAGAUUCAUUGACACUUACAAGUUUGAAGAAAGUAGUAUAUCAGUUGGUUAUGUUGUUAGACAAACAUAAUUUUAAAGUACUUUGGAGAGAUAGUAGGCAUGGGAUUCCAAGCCACCUUUGGAAAAUAGUUGAUACACUUCAGGGCUUGGAUUGAUUUCCUAAGACUACAGUAAAAUCCUCAAUGGGAAACUGUUCUAACCUCUGAUGUGUAUCAGGAGAAAAAUAACAAUGUUGUCAUGUCCAGUUAGGUUAACUUUUUGCUUCAUCCUUAAUUUUACCCAUAUAUUUCAAAUAAUAACUUUUAUAAUAAUAAAUUGCACUUUCAAGUAGACUUAUUAGAGAAUAUAGAAGACAUCAUUAGAAGCAGAAAACACACACUAAAUUGACGUGAUCACACAGAAUCCACCACCUAAAUCUUUAGGGAAGGAAGGUGAGAUAGAUAAGCAGAGGGAACAUUGUUGUCUAUAUCCAAUAUUGGUUGAGAAAAAGUAGACAAAGUCCUAGGUAACGUAACAAAGUGAUCUAACUAAAUGAACUUCGUGGUUAAAUGUGACAAAUCACAGAUUUAUGUGUAUCAAUACUAUUAUAACUUUGUAUUAGGACUAGUUAGUUUCAUCUUCCUGUCCAAAGAACAUCAGACUACCAGAGCCUUCUAGUCAUCUCUGUCAAGUGCUUAAUCCCGAGUCUUCUUCAGAUACCCUAACUUCUUUGGAUCCUGCAGAGACCACUGGAGACACUGGUUUAGAAGUUGGGUGGGAUACAUUUUCAUCACAUGCCACUUCAUCUUCCUGCUAUCCACCAACCGAUGCCUAUAUGUAAAAACGGACGUUAAAUGAUGAUAAGGUGUAAGAGGAACUCCGAAGGGGAAAAUGCCAGUCAUUACAGCUACGUUGGACUCAAACAUUUAAUGCAAGAAUAAAUACUUCUUUUGGUUAUUACUGUUACCUACAAUCAUGAUUAAUUCUGAAUCAGAAGAUACGGACUUGGUAUUUUAUGAUGAAAAUCUCUUUGGAUUGGACCCCUUAUUUCAUAUACAUUGCAAACUGUUCAUUGUUGAUGUCCUAAAUCUUUCACCUUACCCAACACUUCCAGGAGUUUAUUGUUAUAAAAACCAUCCUAUAUUCAAAGUUGAUAUCAUGGGAAUAAUUGUAAAUUGCCAAGAAAAAGACCGAAACUUUAUACUCAGAGUUGAUGAUGGUACUGGUUUAAUAUCUUGCUGUAUUUGGAAGGAAAAAGUGGAAGCUGGAGACAAUGACUUCAGGAGUUUACUUCCAGAAAGUUUACGCUUGAAAGCACAUUCGUUGCAUCCCGUGUUUAACCAUGGAGAAAUGGUUCACAUUCGAGGAAAAAUAAAGUCUUACAAAGGUGUCAAUAGAAUAAUGAUAAGUUACAUUACACCAGUGUCCAGUGCUUCUGCCGAAAUCGCUCGUAUGUUUCAGCGUCCAUAUUUGUACAAGACUGUCUAUGACCAAACAUUAGUAUUGGCACCUGAAGUUCAGAAGUUGCAGCUGAAAACAGAUGACAUAAGAACCAGAUUAAAACCAUUGGAGAAUGUUAUGAAAGAACUACUGGCCGAUAUAACAGUGUUUACUAUUAAAACUAUCAAGGAACAUGACAUUUUGCACAGAAUCAAAGAUAUUCUUGGUAUUGAUCAGUCCUUGGAAUACGUGGAGUGUAUGAUGAAUAAAGUCUUAAAACAAAUGGAACUCCAAGGCUUAAUAUGUUCCCGUUCUGAUAUUGCAAAUUCAACAUAUGAGUCAUUAUUGAACCCCGGAACUGAUCUGAAUUUAUUAAUUAUGGAUAUUAUCAAGAAAGAAGCAUAUAAUGGUAAUGAGCAUGGGUGUUCAUUAAAGACUCUGAGAAGUUCCCUGGAGAAGACAAGUCAGUAUACUGACAUAUCAGAUGUCGCUGUUAACUGUUGUCUUGACCAAUUAGAAAGCAAUAGCAACAUUAUUAAAAUCACAAGCACUUUUUUUAUGCCCACUUAACAUUUACAAAGAAUUAUAAAUCAUUAAAGUUAUUAAGUAUGUUUUAAUAAAAAUGAUCGUUUUCUGAACUGUUUGCCUCAUUUAUAAAUGAAAGUUCAGGUAUGGCUGUGUGGUUAAGGAAAUUACUUAACAACCAUGUAGUUUUUGGGUUCCCUCUCAUUGCAUUGCUUCAGGCUGGCCAGAAGCUCUUCACACAAGUAAAUACAUAAAUACAAAACAAGGUGGAAAAAAAGCAGUACUCAAAUACUGAAGGCAAAGUAAUAUGCUUUUUUAUCAAAGCUGCAAAAACAUCACAAAAAUCUGCUACUCAGAGUUUCACAUUCCCAUUAGUCAGGCAGUUGUGAUUAAGAAUGGAAUAAAAUUGUGAUUGUACUUGUAAUAUUUAAUUUGAUAGGAUUCAGUUUGACAAAUAAGCAUUUGAACUUGAUUGGGUAAUUUUGCUAACAUUUGGGCUAGUCAGUGGUUUAUAAAAUUGAACAGUAAAAUAUGAAUAUACAUCAUUCGUUUAACGUCUGCUUUCCAUGCUGGCAUGGGUUGGACAUAUAUAUAUAAUUUAAAUUAAGCAGAAAAUGGAGAAAUCUUGAUCAACAAUUGACUACCAUUGAUUAUUAUUUAAUAAA